UCCCGUGACAGGGCUCCAGCCGGAGGCAUCGCAUCGUGCCGCUGCCCGCCUCAGCCAGGAGCCGGCGCGGGGAGCCGCCAUGGCGGCGGAGGCUCCCGGCACCCUCCCGGUUCAGCUGGUGGAGCAGCCCAGAUUGCAGAAGCUGAAGGAGAUGUUUAUAUCAAAAUUUGGAUCAGCUCCCAAGUUUUAUGUUCGUGCACCAGGGCGAGUCAACUUAAUAGGAGAACAUAUAGACUACUGUGGUUAUGCUGUGCUCCCUAUGGCUAUAGAACAAGAUAUACUGAUUGCAGUAGAACCUGUAAAAACUCAAGUUGUGCACCUGGCAAAUACCAAUUCUCUUUAUUUGGAUUUCAGUACUAGUGUUAAUAACAUUCAGAUUAACAAAACCAAACCUCAGUGGCAUAACUACUUCCUGUGUGGACUGAAGGGUAUUCAGGAACAUUUUGGUCUUAAUAACCCAACUGGAAUGAAUUGUCUGCUAGAUGGAACCAUCCCUCCAAGUUCUGGUCUCUCUAGCUCCAGUGCUUUGGUGUGCUGUGCAGGACUCGUGACACUAAGAGCUAAUGGAAAAACCCUCUCCAAGGUGGAACUUGCAGAAAUUUGCACAAAGAGUGAACGUUACAUUGGCACAGAAGGUGGAGGAAUGGACCAGUCGAUCUCUUUCCUGGCAGAAGAAGGAACUGCCAAGUUGAUAAAGUUCAGUCCUCUGAGGGCAACUGAUGUUAGACUUCCAAGUGGAGCAGCGUUUGUUAUUGCUAACAGUUGUGUUGAAAUGAACAAAGCAGCAACUUCUCAUUACAAUAUUAGGGUAAUGGAGUGUCGUCUGGCUACAAAGCUUCUUUCAAAGUCUAAAGGCUUGGACUGGGAAAAAAUGUUGAGACUCCAAGAUGUGCAAAGCAGGCUAGGAGUUAGCCUGGAGGAAAUGCUGACCAUUGUCGAGGAGGUAUUACAUCCUGAGCCUUACAGCGCAGAGGAAAUUUGUAAAUGCCUGGGAAUUAGCCUGGAGGAGCUCCGCUCUCAGAUCCUGAGUCAAAACACGCAAGACGUAUCCACCUUUAAGUUGUACCAGCGUGCAAAGCAUGUGUACAGCGAGGCUGCGAGAGUGCUGGAAUUCAAGAAGAUAUGCAACGAAGCACCUGCCAAUGCGCUCCAGCUGCUGGGAGAAUUAAUGAACCAGAGCUAUAUCAGCUGCAGGGAGAUGUAUGAGUGCAGCUGUCCUGAACUGGAUCGCCUGGUAGACAUCUGCCUGCAAUCUGGGGCCAUUGGGUCACGUCUGACUGGAGCUGGAUGGGGUGGCUGCACAGUAUCAAUGGUGCCUACUGACAAGCUGAAUGCUUUCCUAAAAGAUGUAAAAAAAGCUUAUUACCAAAGUGAUGUCCAAAGGUUAGCACUGGAGAACAGUCUGUUUGCCACCAAACCUGGAAGAGGAGCUUUGGUUUUUGUUGAGGCCUGAAGAACGUAGAAACUCUGAAAGUAUGUAGGGCAUUCGGAACUGGCAGUACUUCCCAUGCCACAGCAAAUGAAUGCUUUUGCUGGUUUUUAUUGUAACGAGCAGUUGCUAUUAUCAAAGUAUAUUCUUGAAGAAGCGAUUAAACAAACACUCUUUGAUUAUAAAGUCUUUUCUUUUUUCUUCCAUACUAAAACUAUCUUUCAGUAUAAACUUUGAUUUACCAAAACCUAUUGAUAAGGAAAAGUGAAACUGAAAUAAAGAUGAUAUUUGGCUACA